GACUCUCCUACCCGUGGAAGAAUUGGAAGGUGUGAUGAGAGACCUGGGAACUUGUGUUAUUUUGUUAUAAGUGAUACUCUUGCCGACCUACCGACCUCCCUACACCACUACUUCCUCUAUCUACCUGCUUUGAUCUUAAUACUGUCUAUUUUAAGCGUCUGAUCUGAUCGAUAUUUCCCAUCCGGAAGUGUCUGGGCAUAUCUACAUACCGUGAACCCACAUCCCUCCUAACAUCACAUCAGAAUCUCCAAAAUCGCCAUACUGCCCAAAGAGAAACCCGAAACUUUUGGUUGGGAGCACCAAUUGCACUUGUAAUAGCCCAUCUUCUUUUUUCGAGCAAUACAGAGAAGUACGAAGAACACGGAAACUUAAUUCCCAGGAGACAAACAGAACCGAUCGGCAUACAUUACAUUUGGCGUUACUGUUUGUUACCUGCCUACCUACAUACAUCCUGUUCUGUGUCCCCUUUUCGGUUGGGUGAAUUACAAUCUUGGCCCCUCGUUUUACCACCACCCCCAAAACCUUGGAACUUCUUUCACCAUGGUUCGCAUCUCUUUACCAAGUCGCCUCAAAACUUACAGCAAAACCGGUUCUCGAAGUACAAGUCCUAUUCCAAAUACCAACAAUAACAAUAUGAAGAACAAAACUAGUGGAAGGGAUUCGAGUCCUGAUGGCAACGGCAUCAAAGUCAAUGGUUUGGUACUGAAAGUUGUUGUUCUCAAGGCUAGAAAUUUGGCAGCAAAGGACAAGAGCGGGACUUCUGAUCCUUAUCUGGUACUUACACUGGGAGACGAAAAGAGCACAACCCAUACAAUACAGAAAACAUUGAAUCCAGAAUGGAACGUUACUUUACAAUUGCCAAUUACCGGCACAAAUUCUCUACUUCUCGAUUGCGUUUGUUGGGAUAAGGAUAGAUUUGGAAAGGAUUACCUGGGCGAAUUCGACCUUGCAUUAGAAGAUAUAUUCUCCAACGAUUCGCACGAACAAGAGCCGGCAUGGUACCCUCUGCGGAGCAAAAGACCUGGUGGCAAGAAGGAUAGCAAUGUCUCUGGCGAUGUCCAACUUCAAUUUACUUUGUGCGAUGUUACCAAUCCCUCUGCCGGGUCUGCCCAGAUUCUAGAGAAAUUUAGGACUCUGGUGGGAGCUGAGAGUCCUGGCUUAGUUACGCCUUCACGAGAAGUAGAUUCGAUCACACCUGGUACGGAAAUGACGGAAGAUGAUUAUUUCGAUGAGGGCACGGAGCCAAGUGACGAAACCGACGAUCCAUCCAAACCCGAGAAUUCUGAAAAACGAAAGAAGAGAUUACGACUCAAGGGCUUGAGGAAAAAGAAGCAAUUGAAUGCAUAUGAAUUUUCUGGUGACAGUGAGGUUGUGGGAAUUGUUUUCCUAGAAAUUGGAAAGGUUACAGAUCUUCCGCCGGAGCGAAACAUGACGAGAACAUCAUUCGAUAUGGAUCCUUUCGUGGUUGCAUCUUUGGGAAAGAAAACGUACAGAACUAGAGUCAUUCGACACAAUUUAAAUCCAGUCUUCAACGAGAAGAUGAUUUUCCAGGUUCUGAGGCAUGAGCAAACCUAUUCUCUUGCCUUUACAAUUAUCGACAGAGACAAGUUAUCUGGAAAUGAUUUUAUUGCUUCGACUGUAUUACCCGUUAAGGAUAUCACCGACACUGCCCCAGAAGCUGAUCCAGAAACUGGUCUUUAUGCCAUGAGAGACCCCCCUGAUCUCAAUAAUUUGGUCGUACAGCAACCUCAAGCAAAAGGCUCUCGAUUUAAGUUGCCAAUGUCAAGAUCUACAUCCUCACAAAGCUUGAACAAAUUGGGACGUCCAAUUUUGAAGAAAGAGCUGUCAAGCUCAAACACGAAUAAUGGAGGAACCUCCAGUAAAACUACGCCGACGCUUGCUCCUACCAACGUUUCAGCAACUACGCCAACAGGUCUUUCUCCAAACGAUGCUCUAUUACCACCCCCAGUCGUUGAGCCGGAAGAACCAAGCGAGCAAUCUGGUGAUCCCGAUUUACAUUCGUUCGGAAUUCCAUUGAAACUCAAAAAUGCGGAAAAGUGGGAAGAGAAACAUAGUCCGGUUUUAUAUAUCAAGGCUAAAUACGCCCCUUACCCGGCUUUACGACAGCAAUUUUGGAGGGCAAUGCUCAGGCAAUAUGAUAGCGAUGAGAGUGGAUGUAUCAGUAAGGUAGAACUUACGACCAUGCUGGAUACACUUGGCUCAACUUUGAAAGAGUCAACUAUUGAUGGAUUCUUUAGACGCUUCCAAUCACAAAAUGAAGAUGGGCAAUUUUCAGAGUUGACUGUUGACCAAGCUGUUAUUUGUUUGGAAGACCAAUUGCAGAAAAAGACAAAGGAAACUAAUAUCGGGGACAAGAUGAGAAGCUUAUUGCCCGAUACUUCAGCACUGAGACACGGAACCAGAGGAGAUCAAUCUACAGAUGCAGCUAUUACCGAAACAUCGGCACCAUUGGAGAAUUCAUCAAAUCGAUUUCAGACAGAGGAAUCUGAUUCUCCAUACCCAUCAACACAAUCUGUUGACCAGUUAGGUACUCCUGGAGAAGAAGGUGAACUCUUAGACUCAGAUGACCUCAAUAAUGAGACUGAAGAACAUGUGGUUGAGAUUCGAGAAUGCCCAAUCUGUCAUCAACCUCGUCUUAAUAAACGUUCUGAUGCUGAUAUCAUCACUCAUAUUGCUACCUGUGCUAGUCAAGAUUGGCGUCAGGUCGACAAUCUUGUGAUGGCUGGUUUCGUCACAUCUAGUCAAGCACAACGCAAAUGGUACUCCAAGGUCAUCACUAAGAUUUCCUACGGCGGUUACAAACUUGGUGCAAACUCUGCCAAUAUUCUUGUGCAAGAUCGUAUCACUGGGCAAAUCAAUGAAGAGAGAAUGAGUGUUUAUGUUCGUUUGGGUAUUAGACUGCUAUAUAAAGGAUUAAAAUCUAAGGAGAUGGAAAAGAAGAGAAUCCGCAAGCUUCUUAAAGGCUUGAGUUUCAAACAGGGUGUCAAAUAUGACGAUCCUGCGUCGGCAGCAGAAAUUCAGAAGUUCAUUAAUUUCCACCAGUUGGAUAUGAGUGAAGUUCUACUUCCAUUGGAACAAUUCAAGAGCUUUAAUGAGUUUUUCUAUCGUCAACUCAAACCAGAUGCACGGCCAUGUUCAGCACCAGAUAAUCCUCGCAUCAUUGUUUCACCUGCCGAUUGUAGAUCAGUCGUCUUUAACAGAAUGGAUGAAGCUACCAAGAUUUGGGUUAAAGGUCGUGAAUUCUCGGUUGAAAGGCUUCUUGGUAAUGCAUAUCCAGAAGACGCAAAACGAUACACAAAUGGUUCAUUGGGUAUCUUCCGUCUCGCUCCACAAGAUUACCAUCGUUUCCAUAUCCCAGUUGAUGGUGUUAUGGGAACUCCAAAAACCAUUGAAGGAGAAUAUUAUACAGUCAAUCCUAUGGCUAUUCGAUCCGCACUUGAUGUGUAUGGAGAAAAUGUCCGUGUGGUUAUUCCAAUUGAUUCUCCAGAACAUGGAAGAGUCAUGGUUAUCUGUGUAGGAGCAAUGAUGGUGGGAAGCACAGUCAUUACUCGAAAGGGGGGUGAAAAUGUUAAACGUGCCGAAGAACUAGGAUACUUCAAAUUUGGUGGUAGUACUAUUCUUCUUUUGUUUGAAGAUGGUGUUAUGAGAUAUGAUGAUGACUUGGUAGGAAACUCUAGUCAGGCUUUGGAAACUUUGAUUCGUGUGGGUAUGUCUAUUGGUCACCAUCCAAGUGAAGGUCAACAUACACCUGAUAUGCGAAAGAAUGAAGAAGACAUCACCGAAUCCGAGAAAGCAGAGGCAAAGAGGAGAAUUGAAGGUAGUAUCUCAAAUCAAGGGGGUAAUUUAACGGGAAAGGCACCAAAGGCUAGUAUGGCAGGAUAAAUUUUGGGUUGGCGAAAAGGAUGCAGUGAGUUAGACGGGAGUGGGCGGGAGUGGACAGGAAAAGAAAAUAUUGAUUAAAUUCGACAUUGAAGUGCUCAGUCGAGUUGGGAAUUAGGAGAACGGCGGGCGUUUCGUGAUAUUGAUGGACUUGGGGGUCGGGAGUGCAGACGUGAAUUAUCAUAUGGUUGGGUGGGAGGAGCAAUUGAUAGGGCAUAUCAAAAUAUACAAUGGAUCGAUGUCUUACAGGAUAUACAUGGGAGAUGAAAGGAAUGGAACGAAAUGAGAAUCAAUAAAUGAUAGCGAUAUAGCGAGUUGUGAGCGAAGAUUUUUAUUGAUACAUGAUUCAAUCACCGGUUUUAAGCUUAUUGAAAUCGGGAAUAGCAAGGAUA